AUGUCGCCACGGGAUCGGAAGUCGUACCUGCCGGGGGAGACGGGCCGUCAGCAACCAGGGAUGUCGCCACGGGAUCGGGAGUCGUACCUGCCGGGGGAGACGGGUCGUCAGCAACCAGGGAUGUCGCCACGGGAUCGGGAGUCGUACCUGCCGGGGGAGACGGGCCGUCAGCAACCAGGGAUGUCGCCACGGGAUCGGGAGUCGUACCUGCCGGGGGAGACGGGCCGUCAGCAACCAGGGAUGUCGCCACGGGAUCGGGAGUCGUACCUGCCGGGGGAGACGGGUCGUCAGCAACCAGGGAUGUCGCCACGGGAUCGGGAGUCGUACCUGCCGGGGGAGACGGGCCGUCAGCAACCAGGGAUGUCGCCACGGGAUCGGGAGUCGUACCUGCCGGGGGAGACGGGCCGUCAGCAACCAGGGAUGUCGCCACGGGAUCGGGAGUCGUACCUGCCGGGGGAGACGGGCCGUCAGCAACCAGGGAUGUCGCCACGGGAUCGGGAGUCGUACCUGCCGGGGGAGACGGGCCGUCAGCAACCAGGGAUGUCGCCACGGGAUCGGGAGUCGUACCUGCCGGGGGAGACGGGCCGUCAGCAACCAGGGAUGUCGCCACGGGAUCGAAAACUGAUCAAUUUGCUCCCGGUUCACGGUACCUACUCUCAACAAUCGGCUUCAUCCCCGGGUCGGGGCCCGGGUGCGCAUCCGGAUGUCAGAGUCGGUCCCCGGUGGUCUGAUGAAAUGAAACGCCCAUCACGCAACUCGAGGGAAAAUUCCACAUCCGCAAUCAACAACUCCACAACGCAAACCAACGGUCCAUCCCAGCCCAGCUCGCGCAAGAACCGGAACAGCAGAUCAAACCCCGAUGGCGGGUGA